CAGAGCAGUACCGUUAUUUCUUUAGCGGAGAAACGAAACUUAGUAGAAGAGUACAGUAAGGGGGACAGAGAGAGAGAGAGAGAGAGAUUCAAAAAAAAGUUCGUGCUCUGAAGAAAGAAAUAAAACAUGGUGUACAAGGUGUGAGGUUUUUCCAGAGUGCGAAGAGGACAGCCGAAGGUCUUCUGGGCCAUGGUGAUGACCCUCUGCAGUGUUUUCCUCUGAUCUCCUGUGCAGCUGGUGUACCACACACAUAUACAGUACAUUACAUCCAGAGAUGAGGCGUUCCCAGUUCAAGAACUCCAGUCCACACAGAGACGUCCAGUCCCCAGUGACACAGCUACGGUUGGUGCUGCUGGGCAGAACAGGUUCAGGUAAAAGUGCCACUGGAAACACCAUCUUGGAUAAAGAAUGUUUUCCAUCUGCACUGAGCAUGAGCUCAGUGACAAAGCAAUGCAAGAGGGAAUGUGGAGUAGUUCAGGGGCGGAGCCUGGCAGUGAUUGACACUCCUGGCUGGUUCGACACUUCCCUCCACCAAAAUAAAAUAACAGAGGAAGUGCUACGAUGUCUGGCCAUGUGUUCACCUGGACCACAUGCGUUUCUGCUCAUCAUACCAAUCGCUCGCUUCACAGAGGAGCAGCAGCAGACUGUAGACAUGAUUGAGAAGGUUUUCAAGGGGAACUUCAGUGACCACACGAUCAUCAUAUUUACCCGUGCAGACGAGCUGGAAGGAGAGACAAUUGAGCAAUUUAUAUCAGAACAGGACGAGAGAAUCCAGGAUCUAAUUGCACAAUUCGGUGGGCGGUUCCUGGAUUUCAACAACAAGAACCCAGAGAAUCGGCAGCAGGUGAAACAGCUCCUGAAGAAGCUGGAUGAGUUGCUGGAACUUAACAAGUACCAUCACUUCACCAACCGGGAAACAGAAGUUGUAGAGAAGGCAGUAACAAUGUUGGAACAGAAAAAGCAAGAAAAACUGGAUGAAUCAAUUAAGAAGGCCAAGCAGGAAGUACGACAGAUAGCUGAACAUCGCAAGGCUGACAUCAUAAAAGCCCUUGAGACAGAAAAUCAAGAUAUAGAAAGAACCAAAAAUCACAUCCAUGGUAUAAUCCUCAGUUUAACAGCAGAAAUUAACAAAGAAAAUGAAAACCUUUAUGAAGCUCCACAGAGGCUGCAGGUGCUGCAGGGAUCUCUAGAGAAUGCAAAAAUCCGCCUCAGAAACCUGGAGAAGGAGAAGGAAUUAAGGAUAAAGGAAAGUGAAGAAAAGAAAAAGGAAGUCGAAAAAUGGAUGAAGGAAGAAGAGCAAAGAAGAGAGCAAGAGCAUCCAGAGAUGAAGUGUUCCCAGUUCGAGAACAGUUCAAGAAGUCCACACAGAGACGUCCAGUCCCCAGUGACUCAGAUGCAGUUGGUGCUGCUGGGCAGAACAGGUUCAGGUAAAAGUGCCACUGGAAACACCAUCUUAAAUCAAAAAUGUUUCCCAUCUAAACCAUGUAUGGGUUCCGUGACAAAGAAAAUCCAGAAAGAGUGUGGAGUAGUUCAGGGGCGGAGCCUGGCAGUAAUUGACACUCCUGGCUGGUUUGACACCGCUGGUGAGCAAAGCAAGAUAACACAGGAAGUGCAAAGAUGUCUGUCCAUGUGUUCACCUGGACCACAUGCGUUUCUGCUCAUCAUACCAAUCGCUCGCUUCACAGAGGAGCAGCAGCAGACUGUAGACAUGAUUGAGAAGGUUUUCGAGGGGAACUUCAGUGAUCACACGAUCAUCAUAUUUACCCGUGCAGAUGAACUGGAAGGAGAGUCAAUCGAGCAAUUCAUUUCAGAACAGGACCAGAGAAUCCAGGAUCUAAUUGCACGAUUCGGUGGGCGUUUCCUGGCUUUCAAUAACAAGAACCCAGAGAAUCGGGAGCAGGUGAAUCAUCUCCUGAAGAAGCUGGAUGAGUUGCAAGAAAAACUAGAUGACUCAAUUAAGAAGGCCAAGCAGAAAAUACGACAGAUUGCUGAACGUCGCAAGGCUGACAUCAUAAAAGACCUUGAGACGGAAAAUCAAGAUAUAGAAAGACGCAGGAGUCACAUCCAGAUUACAAUCCUCAGUUUAACAGCAGAAAUUAACAAAGAAAAUGAAAACCUUUAUGAAGCUCCACAGAGGCUGCAGGUGCUGCAGGGAUCUCUAGAGAAUGCAGAAAUCAGCCUCAGAAACCUGGAGAAGGAGAAGGAGUUAAAGAUAAAGGAAAGUGAAGAAAAGAAAAAGGAAGUAGAAAAAUGGAUGAAGGAAGAAGAGCAAAGAAGAGAGCAAGAGGAAAGAGAGAAGGCUUUAAAUGAGGAUGGAAAGGAAUGGUAUUAUAAUGAAAAAUAUAUGACUAUCCUGAAGUACCUCAUAAUUUUUUUGGGAGGUGCUGGAGUUGGAGUUGGAUUUACGUUUCUACCUGCACUUUUUAUGACUGCAGCACCUGUAGGAAUAGCAGCAGAGUUAGCUGCACUACUCGGACCAGAGCUUGCAGCUGCCGUAAUGGCAGCAGCUACAAAAGCGGCUCCUUUAAUUGGUGUAGCAUCAAAAGUAGCUCCAAUGGUGACUAGCCUUUGUUCCAUUCAGUGACAAAAGCCAAAACAUAGGCAAAAUAGACCAAUAAAACAGUAACUCUCCAUUAGCAAACUACUAAUUUUACAUAUAAUCAUUAUAAUCCAUCUGAUAUUAUCCUUUCCAUUUCCUACAUAAGUCCAUGUAUUAAUCCAAUAUAAUCUAAUUUACAUCUGCUACAAAAUGUGGAACGGUUCAGGGUGCAGGUGAACAUUUAUGUAAGACACGGCACUAAAACCAUCAUUUGGGAAUGAUUAAGGUAAUAGUAAAGAAUUGAUAGUAAAGAAUUUAUUCUGUAGGUGAUACAUAUUCAAUCCGGUUCAUGUGACAUUGGGUAAUGAGUGUAAUCUAAAACGAGUUGAAGAUCUCUGCUCUCUGUCUGAUGGCAUUAUUUCAUAUCAGAUGCUUGUAGUGUGUAGGAAAAAAAUCAAAAGAACAUUUUUAUUGCAGUCAUAAUCUAUUGUUUUAUUCAUUUUUUAUAAUAUACUCACAGAUACUAAUCACAGUCAGUGUACUGCUUGUGUUCUUCAGCAUUUAGUAAACAGCAGCUCUGUCUUUGGGCUUCUCUUUAAUGCAGUAACUACAAUAACAUUUAUUAGUAAAACAGGAAAAGCCAUAUAGUAACUAGAUUUGAAAUUCUAAAUGCUUCUAUUUCAUUAUUCUGUAACUGUGUACACUGCAGUAAUCAGAUACACAAGUAUAUUGUUAUGUAACAACUUGUGGGGUUCAUAGAUAUCACUGCUAAUAAUGUAUCUUUUAAAAUGAAAUAAAUUUGAGAUGUUUCCCUCUG